AUGACGCUGGAGGGGGAGGCCAAGGCGGAGUUUCCGAGGAGCGAGGUGGAGGGCUUGGGAGUGAAAGGCGGCGCAGAACUGCAGGCCUUUGGCGACUCGACGGACCACGAUUCGCUCUCUGAGCGGUCUCGGGACGAGAGAGAGAGCCUCUUGUGUCACCCACCUGGCUCGGCCUCCACGAUCGCUCUGUCUUCUUUGAGCCCGCGAGAUUUUGAGAACACUUCGAAGGACAGCGAAACCACGUCUGAAGAGGGGCGUGUGGAGGAUGCAGCGAGUGCGCCGCUGGGGGACGGCAGGCGUCCGGAAGAGCGCGAGAGCCUAGAGAAGGGCGGAGACUUUUCGCCGGAUGUGGAAGGCGAGGCGCAGUCGCCCGUUGCAGCGGCGUGUCGCGCUGUGAUCUCAGCGAUGAAGCAAGACGAGUUUUUUGCAGAAGCGAGCAAACUGAUUCGACGCGAGAGAUUCAGAUAUCUGGAGGGAAUCCGAAUGAUGAAGGAAGACCAUUCCUACCUUGAUUUGUCAUUCGAAGACAAUGGGACGCCGUCCAAGCUCGUCGCCCUCAUGGAUGCUCUCGCACAGGACAACUCGCGAUGCGAAGGCUUCAACUCCUGA